ACAUACAUGUACACACAUCUCUUUCUGUCUGACUUAGAGUCAUGUGCUUGCUGCAGUCGUAGUGUAUGCCAGUGGGGCUGCCAGUGUUGUUAAACACUUCACCUCAUUUGCCAGGGAGCAAAGCGUGCUUAUGGCAUAACAGGGAUUUUCCAGUUGACUUGUCCUGUCCAGGUCUGUGCACUCCUGGCGAAAAUGUGUUUGGACCAUGAGGGACCCGUGGACUAAAAAAACUCAGCUGCAGUCCCAGCAACAGCAGCAGCAGUAGCACUCUCCCUCAGAUUACCCAGCAUGCUUUGGUGAUUUCCCCACGCAGUGCUCUGGGGAGCAGAAAAGAUUUACUGUAAAUGUUGAAACAUUUUACGUGGAAAGCCCAGUGGUGACUAGGCCUCAGUUAGGCGCGUCUGUAGUAUCUCUUUGGUUUGCUCUGGAGCAAGUCAGUUGUGUUCCCCGGUAACUGCACUGGUAACUUUGUAACACCUCCAGCCUCUCAUGCUCUGUCCCAAGACAAUGAGUCAGUGUUGCGGAGUGAACUGAAAAGGAUUUAUGUAACUCCCCAUAGUGUUAGCCUAUAGGACCUGUAUUUGUGAAAAGAGGCCAGCAUUAUAAUGAGGCCAGGGGAUAAUUAAGCAAUAUGACAUGAGUGAGAGUGGAGUUGGUAAAGGAUAUCUCCACGGCUGUGAUUCGUUAUAAAAUCGCUACAGGUACAGUUCUUCAAUGAAUGAUAUGUUGACGUCAUACAAUUGAACGGUUAAAGUAUAUCAAAUGUAGAGUGAUUUCUAGAGGUGAAGAGUCUGAGUGGGGUUGUGCCAGGAUAUCCCCACUCAUGGAAUGCUUCUUGUCCAAUCAGAAGUUAAUAAAUUAUUCGACCAUCUAACUGUGGUAUAACAUAUUUGUACUGACAUGUGUGUGCAGAAAUAGAGAAGCCUAGUAGAGAUCCCAAAUGUGAUACCCACACAGCCCCAUGUCCUGCCGAAAACAACUGUAGACUGAGUCAUGGUAGAGGAAGCGUAUUUGCUGGGUAAUACGCCACUGACAAACAGCUAGAGGUCACGCACAUGCUCAGUGAGUAUCAUGAGAUUGGCCCAGCAGUCUUAUGCUUGAGUUCCUCUCAGACCCAGAGUUUGUUGUGUAAUACGGUAGGAGGAACUGGCGCAAGACUGCUCCUCAUGUGACUCCCCUAAUCUGCCCACCGCUAAGCACUUCCCUCGCCCAAGGGUCUGCUGGCUGUCCCGGGCCCCGUUCAGUGAGGAUACAUUUUUUGAGCAGCUUUUGUCCCCGGGUAAUGUGGACUACCCACAGGUUACUCAUUACGCCAAACCGGGCCAUAAACAACACUGGCUUGACAGUCAGAGACAGGGAGAGGAGAGAAGGUAAUCAACCACAGUAGAAGCUUUAGAAGUAUCCCCUCUCCAGAUCUGUAGACAGUGAGUGUCUGGGCUACCAGCUGAAUGCCAAUCGCCAGUAGCAGCAUCAGCAGCAGCAGCGGGACAGACAGAGGGCCACAGUGGGCCAAGACUGAGUGAUGGAAUAGAUCAUGUCAGAAGUUCAGGGGACUGUAGACUUUUCAGUGGAGCUGCAUAAAUUUCACAAUGUGGAUCUAUUUCAGCGAGGAUUCUACCAGGUGCGAGUCAGACUGAAGGUUUCACCUCGAGUGCCACACAGGUUAAUAGUGACUACACCUGGAAACACAGGAGAAUGCGGCUUCAGCUCAGCUGGGGUCCACGAUGGCGGUGUCUUCAGCAGAAUAUUCCAGAUCCUUUACAGGAACGAGGAGAUCAACCUGAAUGACAUCAUGAGCUUCAGAGUGCACCUCCUGUUGGAUGGAGAGAGGGUGGAAGAAGCCCUGAGCGAAGUGGACUUCCAGCUGAAGCUCGACCUGCACUUUACUGACACCGAGCAACAGCUGGGGGACAUCUGUGCCGUGCCCCUGAUCAGCAGCAGGCUGCUGGGCCUGCACCUCCAGCCCCGCCGCGGCCUCCACCACCACGUGCCCGUCAUGUUCGACUACUUCCACCUGUCCGUCAUCUCCGUCACCGUCCAUGCCUCUCUGGUCGCUCUCCACCAGCCACUCAUCAGUUUUGCGCGCUCAGGGAGAGGGGCAUGGAUGGGGAAGGGCUCUCCAGAGAACAGCAGCGACACGUCCACCAUGUCCAUGGAGAACCUCAUGUUCGGGGCUGGAUACUGCAAACCUGUCCUCACUGAGGGGAGUUUUUACGUGCCGUCGGAGAACUGCCUGCAGAAAGCUCACACGUGGCACCGGAGACUGUGCCGCCUGCUGCUCAUGGCACACCGAGGCCUGCGGACGCACCACACCUCCCUCACCAAGGCCUACCCCGAGCUCCCGCAGCUAGACACCGAGGAACUUCCCAUUGAAGAGACCCUGAAUCAACUCUCAAUAGAACUGCAGCUCCAGGGUGGCCAUGAGAAAGUGGCCGAGCAGAUAAGCAGAGAUCUAUCCCAACUGUGUGCCCACCUGGCCGCUCUGUGGGCCCAGUUUUUGGAGGCGGUGGUUCCCAACGCCCUGGUGCUGGCGCAACUCACACAGGAGCACCACACACUGCGGGUCCGACGCUUUUCUGAGGCCUACUUCUUCACUGAACACCCAAAGGAAUUGUCGCUAACCUUCCAGGAAGAUCUGAUAAACAGACACAGCCAGGUGGCUGGGGAAGUGCGGAGCUCGGAUUACCUGACCCGUAUGCCACCACUGCCCGUGGAGUGUCUGGACAUCGAUGGGGACUGGAACAGCUUGCCCAUCAUCUUUGAAGACAGAUAUGUGGAGUGUCCAAGAUUGGAGUGGAAACCACAAGUGCCAACAUCAGAUGACGCCAACAAAUCUCCAACGACCACUGAUUCUCCCACUACUGCUGCCAAUGGAAGUGCCAGUCUGGGCGCAUUGCGCAGUGACUCACCUGAUGCUUUUGAGGAGCAGCCAGAAAGUGAGGACUGCAUGGACCUGCCCACUUACAUAUCCCUGAUAGGACAAGAGAUGGACAGUGAAUUGUGUGAACCUUGUGGCCCAACUGACCUGACUUGUGGGGACAUUACGCCACCAUUGUCUUACACACUUGAGGAUCAAGGUGAGGCAGAAGCUGAGCUGGAGACAGAUGUAGAACUACAAAACAGCCCAAAGAUAGGCCUUAGGUAUAAUAACAUCAGACCCAGUGAAUUGGACCCAUACAAGGGAGAGACUGUCCAAAUCGUCCAGUCUCACCAAAUACGCCCAGACCUCGACGAGACUAUACCCACAGGCAGUGAAGACCCUCUACACGUACAUGCAUCUUGGGGAGAGGACACAAGAGCCAAACCAGUCACAUCCCUUCCUGAAAAAGACCAGCCUGAGAGAGUGGAUUUAGAGAAUGGGGAUAUAAUGGAGAGUUCUCUUGAGCCACACACAAAGCAUAUUGGGAACGACGAGGGUGAUGGAGACAGUGAGAUUGACACUCUGCCAACCCAAUCCAGUAGUACGUCUGUGACUCAAGGCCCGCUCAUUAUCCAACCCACCACGCCGCCGCUGUACCCUGAUAGGCGGAGAGCUGAGGACCGCCUCCAGCUUGGGGGCUCAAAGAUCAUGAAACGCUCCUCCUCCGUGAUCUCAGACUCGGGCAUCGAGAGCGAGCCCAGCUCUGUGGCCUGGUCGUCCGAGGCUCGAGUGGGCCGGGGUGGAGAGGCGCUACUGCUCCAGCAGACUGGGAUCAGGGUUCGCCGGCUGGGCCACCCAGGGUCCCUGGAGGGUCUGCAGACGGAGAGCCACAGCAGCCUGCCCAGCGCCACCCAGGCAUCGCUCACCUCCAUCAGCUCGCUGCCCUACGAGGAGGACGAGAGACGGAUCCUCAGCACACUCACCAAGUCAGCCUCCGCGCCGCACAUCAGCAGCCCUGACGACACCGAGGAGGAUCUGGAGGCGCUGGAGAACGAUACGGAAGAGGUGGAGGUGGAGAUCAAAGACAGGGACAAUGAAGAUGUAGGGGAAGGGGAAGGAGAGAGCGAUACGACAAGUGGAAUCGAGCCAGACGAAGGAAGUGAACCAACAAAACAAAGACAAAGCGUGGAGCCUCUCUCAUCCCUAUGGGAGCAACUGGACGGGGGUCUGCUGGAUGAGACCCAGUUAGAUUGGAGGUUAAACCCCAUGCAAGCAGAAGAUGUUGAUUCCAAAGAUACAACCACGAGUCCAGGCAAUGCAGGGGAGUUGCGUGGCCAGUUUGACCGAGAGGCAUUGUCAAUGUUAAGCACUGUACCUGAAGAACUGAUGUUCCAGCACUUCAUGUCAGGGCAGGGGACUGAGGAGCAGGAUCAGAUAGCAGCGGAGGAGUGUCUGGAAGAUUCUAGCGUUUCUGAUGGAGAGGUAGAACUCUGUGGGCUGGAAAGUGAGACGUGUGAGCGCAAGGUGGUGCUGGAUUUAACGGCACGAACAGAAGGCGUUAGUGACCACAGUUCGCAACUACAGUUCUCGGUGGAAGAUCCAAAUUAUCAACACAUAAAUUCCCUGCCAAAAGGAGCUGAUGGCUUCUUGCCUACAGCAGAUGGGACUGAAAUUAGCAGUGGUCUCAAAGAGGUGAUACCCAGAGGUGUCACAGAGCCCGCAUCCAAUGAGAGACAGAGGUGCAGUGACCUCAUAGGCCUGGCAGGCAUUAACAGGGAGGCCCAGAAAGCAGACGGGGGCCAAGGGGGGCAAGCCUCCAAUGGGCCCAGCUCCGGCCUGUCCUUCAUGAAUAAGAAGGUGGUGGAGGUGGUAAACAUGUCCGUGUCCUGUGCCCCCACCUGCCUCCCCUUCUCCUCCGUGCUCAGAGACUCGCCCUCCAUCAGCGGCAUCUCAACCCGCCAGGCCACGUCUCCCAUUACCCAUCAGCCCCUGGGCUCCUUCACCAUCCUCUCAUCCUCCUCAGCCUCGGAGAACGAAGACGAAGAAUCCAAUGAGAGGAUGCUCUAUUUCUACAAGGCCAAAGAGGAUCUGCUGAAAGAGCUCAACCUCCAGGCGACCCUGUACAGUGACCUGCCCCACCUGGCCUCUCGUCUACCCUACUUCCCCCCAGAGGAGGAUGAGGAGGAGUUUGAGGAUGGCAUCCAUCUUGUUGUUUGUGUUCACGGCCUUGAUGGCAACAGUGCAGACCUGCGUCUGGUGAAGACCUUCAUAGAGCUUGGGUUACCAGGAUCCCGCCUGGACUUCCUCAUGUCAGAACGCAACCAGACGGACACGUUUGCAGACUUUGACACAAUGACAGACAGGCUACUGGAUGAAAUUAUUCAGCAUAUCCAACUGUACAACCUCACCAUCAACAGAAUCAGUUUCAUUGGACACUCCCUGGGUAAUGUGAUCAUCCGUUCGGUUCUGACACGGCCGCGGUUCCGAUGCUACCUAUGCAAGCUCCACACGUUCCUCUCCCUGUCCGGGCCUCACCUGGGAACCCUCUACAACAACAGCACUCUCGUUAGCACAGGCCUGUGGCUGAUGCAGAAGCUCAAGAAGUCCGGCUCUCUCCUCCAGCUCACGUUCCGAGAUCACACCGACCCACGCAAAACCUUCCUCUACCUGCUCAGCCAGAAACCAGGACUCCAGUUCUUCAAAAACGUGGUGCUGGUGGCAUCUCCCCAGGACCGCUAUGUUCCGUUCCACUCGGCCCGCAUCGAGAUGUGCAGAACCGCGCUCCGGGACCGCACCACAGGCCCCGUCUACACAGAGAUGAUCAACAACGUGAUGCAGCCCCUGCUGGGGGCCAAGGACUGCCGUCUGAUCAGACACAACGUGUUCCACGCGCUGCCCAACACCGCCAACACACUCAUCGGCCGCGCGGCCCACAUCGCCGUCCUCGACUCUGAGCUCUUUCUUGAGAAGUUCUUCCUGGUGGCCGGGCUCGACUAUUUUAAAUAGGCUCCAACCAGGUUCUGUUUGGUCAGGACUGCUCUCUGUUGGGUUUGGAAAGCCCAGUGCUCAAACACCAAGUGUUAAAUUUGAAGUGAAGUGUGUAUUAUAUGGUAUAUAUUAUGGUAUAUAGGAGGUGCAUAUUGCUGAUUAUUUGAUUUAUGUAAAAGUUGAGUACCCAAGGUCUACCCCACCUGAUGAGAAACUCCAUAACUAAUGAUGUCAUUGAGACUUGAUGGGUAGGCCAGCUAUAACCAUAUCCAAUACUGAUGUCUGCCUUUUUAAGUAUUAACUUAUUAACUCUUACAUCAUCACAGUUACUGUGUAUUAUGAAGGAAUGCAUGGUCUCUCAGUUCUAGAAAGGGUGUAUAGAUCCUUAGGGUACUUUGCUGAAUGAAGCACUACUAAACUUGCAUUAACGAUCAACAGCAUUUAGCUCUCUUGCCAUUUAUGACUUGAAGUCGAAGCCACUGGGUGUCAAUCUUCUUGAAAGAGAAUGUUCUAGAAGUGUUUGGCGAGAGGAUUGAUCCUCUCUGCUCUGUACAUUUUAUUAUAUAUAUGAUAUACAUUUUAGCCCACAGAUGUCUGUGGGAAUAUUUUACCAUAUGAGAAAACAACAAACACUUCUCUCUGAGAAGGAGCA